CGUAUCUGUACUACGAACGAAGAAGAUAGAAAUUCUGUAUCAGAUAUAUCGUUUUAAGACUAGCCGUUACUCACUCAACAUUUUAUUCGUAUUUAUUCGUCGAGUGAUUUUAUUUCUGUGUACAAUUUGUCCACCUGUUUAAUUUUAACUCGUAUGUUCAAUAUAUCUAUGCUAAUUCACAUAUUGUUGUACCGAUCGAUCGUGUGGUUCCGUUACUUUAUUUCUACAAUAUCUGUUAUUUGUUCGUUUACCAAAUCUCAUGUUUGAUCUGUUCGUUUAUUAAUUUACUAUCAUAUUUGUGGUAGGGCCAUAUAUUUGAUUAUACACUGCAAGAUUGUUACGCAAGAGGACCAAAAACCUUGAUUUAAUUUUGUUAUUUAUAUUAAUGCAUUUUUUUUUGACGAUACUAUUUUACCACCUUUUCACUUGAUAUACCAUUGAUUUGUGUAUCUCGCUUUCCUGACUCUAUAUCCGUCGUUUGGUCAGCGAAUUCGAUCACCCAUUACCACAUCAAACUAGAUGAGCCAUCUCCGAAACGAAAAAAAAGAAAAAGAAGUCGUAACAGUCUAAAUUUCAUCAUUAGAAAAUAAGUAUUGUCAGAAAAUAAAGAUCUCUCCUCUCGUACAAAAGUCCAGGCAACGUGGCAACAAUUUCAGCGUGACAUAUAAAUAUAUAUUUUGCUCGGAGAUAAUAAUCUGUACUGAUAACCAAGUUCGCCCGUCACAUUCUUUACAACCAGUGCAGUUAUCGGUUCGGUUCUAGGCGUUCUGUUAUUAUUUUCCAUUGUUUCGCAACGACAGUAUAAUUGGAAAUAAUUAAUAAACCUCAUGAGCGCUUCACGUACAUGUGUAUUCAAAUUGAAAGGAGAGAAGAAAAAUAGAAAAAGUCUAGCAGAAUUGGAUUGUAAAAUCGUAGAUCAACCGCCCGAACGUAAAAGCGAGUGUUGUUCCUGUACGUAUUGAUUCGAGUUGCUCUGAAAUACAGUAAGAAUUAUAAAACUAGAAGCGAAGUGCGAGAUGGCUUCUGUCGAGUCCGUGGAACCGAAGAUCGUCGAUGAUAAAAAUGACGAUGAUGGUGGUAGCAAACUACGAAUAUGCGUGAUCGGUGCCGGAGCUGCUGGACUUUGCGCGUUGCGGCACUUGGUCAAAGAUCCCGACAAUUUCGAAUUCGAAGCUUUUGAACAGUUCGAUCACCUCGGCGGCACCUGGGUUUACACCGAACACACCGGCCUUGACGAGAAAACUUUGCUACCGAUUCACUCGAGCAUGUAUAGGGAUCUCAGAACAAAUUUGCCGAGUGAAAUCAUGAAUUUUCCCGACUGGAGAAAAAUGGGGGGAACAAACGCAAGCUGCAUUGGUCACGAAGAAGUUUUGUCAUAUCUCGACAAUUACGCUCGUCAUUUUGGAUUGCUUCAAUACAUAACGUUCAACGCUAACAUCGAGAACGUACGACCUAUUGACCACCCUACUAUACCCGGGCGGGAAAUUUGGAAAGUCAAGAUAAAAAACAUGCACACUUUCGAUGUAGAAGAGAGAGACUUCGAUGCCGUAAUGUGCUGCAAUGGCCAUUAUUCUGUUCCGAACAAGCCCGCAAUACCCGGCAUAGAAACGUUUCUGGGUCAAGUUUUGCACAGCCACGAUUACCGGAAACCGGAACCGUUCGCGGGGAAAACUGUUGUGAUUUUGGGAGCAGCUGCCUCCGGUGCCGAUAUCGGACUUGACAUCUGUUCUCAUGCUGACCAGAUUUACCUAAGUCACGACACGUCAAGGAUAGUUUCGAAACUACCGGCAAACAUUAUUGAAAAAUUGGGGGUUUCCGGAAUCGAGGGAAGGCGGAUUAACUUCAAAGACGGUAGUUCGGUAACCGCGGACGUAUUCAUAUACUGCACGGGUUACGAGUACAGUUUUCCGUUUCUUCACGAAUCCUGCGGAAUAUCGGUCGACGACAGUUACGUUUAUCCGCUGUACCGCCAUCUUAUAAACGCCGAACAUCCCACGAUGUGCUUCGUCGGCAUCCCGGCAUUGGUUGCGACGUUUGCAAUGUUUGAUAUCCAGGUUCGCUACUUCUUGGCGAUACUGAAAGGCGUUACCACACUGCCGUCAAGGGAAACUAUGCUCGAAGAUUCCGUCUGCAAAACCCCUUUGAAAAGACACGCUCAUCGGCUUAUCGAAGGUCAGUGGGAGUACAAUGACCUUUUGGCUAAAGAUGGAGGGUUUGAUCCUCUUCCACCGAUGUACAAAGCUGGAUAUACAGCUUGGUUAUCGCAACGCAAACAAAAUCUUGUCGAUUACAAAGAUGCCAAGUUCGUAGUAGCCGACGACGGGAAAAGCGUACAGAUCGUACUCAACGGCAAGAAUUUAAUCGAAUACAACAACAAUCGCGAUCACCAGUGACGGCUUAUGCAAGAUUUGGAUGGUGCAUUCAAUGGAGAGUAUCAAAUGUUCACGAAAUGAUUAUAAAUUCUGUAUAAGUCGAUGAAUGAAAAUAUAUUCAAUCACUUUACAAAAAUA